AUGCAAGAUGAUGACGAUCGAUCCGACAGCUUCGAAGAAGAUUUAGAAGGAGACAAGUACUUGGAGGAUCCCAACUUGUCGAUCGCGGCUCUCAUCGAUUUAUGGGCCAGCUGCGAGUUCUUCCUCCGGCACGACUACGGCAAGUCCAUAUUCUUCCUGAGAGAUCUUCCAGACUCGCUGAAAUCUUGCGUUCGCCGGCUGGUGCUCCCUUAUGAUUUCCUAAGUCUUAUUGCAUACUCGCGGUGGACCAAAGAGCAGUCAAGAGGUGGGGCCUUAUUUACAAACUGGAUCUCAGAAAAUUUCCCCAACUUACGGACGGUGGCGAUUGAGGUACCAGACGUGUGCGAAGUCAUGGAAAUGAAUUGGAAUGAGGCUUCGGACUAUCUGUGCGAGAUGCUCAAGAACGGCCGUUUGGACACCGUGAGAUUCUAUUACAAAGACUAUGAGAAGGGCGAAUACCCGCAGAUGAUUCUCGAUAUGAUGAAAACACCGCGAGUGCUUGAUGAGGACCAGCCAGUUCCGGACGAGCUUUACGAUGUGUUUUGGAACGACCCUAAUGGAAGCUUAGGCGCAUUCUCUGAUCACCAAGAUGUAAUGCUCACGUACAAGAUCUUCAUGUCGACACCACUACUUCUUGUUUCCAAGGAAGUGAAUAGAGAGGCGGAGAGGGUACUGCGGGCCAACAAACGAGGAUGGAUCAAUUACUACAACGAAGUCGCGCGAUCCAACAUACAUUACCAUCGGAUCAUUAAACCGACCAGGGCUUUCCAGUACCUUUGGUCUCGCAGUCAGGUCGUUCUGGAAAACACUACCGCGGAUACCAUGUUCUUCUUGCAGUUCCUACCGGAGGUCUUGAAGAAGAGCCUUCAUAGUUUGAUCAUCACGAAAAGCUUGAUGAUCGAAAACGAAUUGUCGAUAGCACUCUGGCAAACUGACGACGAAAAGGGCGGAUCGUUCAUGUCAAACUUGAUCAAAGAACACUAUCCUAACCUGCGUACAAUGGCUCUUGAGAUACCAAGCACGGAGGAAGAGAUGAGAAGCAAUAUCAAUAACGCUUUCGGGCACUUAUGCGAUAUGCUCAAGAUGAAAGAUCUAGAUGCCCUCAGGUACUUCUUCAGGGAGGCUUGCUUUUCUCAAUCCGACGGCUGGUUCCUCAUAGAUGUGGACCUAGAAGGGUGGGAGCUCAGCGAUGAGUCCGACGACUAUGAGGUGGGAGAAGACGAAAUUUCGGAGCGCUACAAACAACCCCUGGAUGGCGUGGAGGAAACUAUUUCGCCUACUUCAAUCGGGUCUGCAGUAUGGCGCGAUCUGGGAAUGGAGCGCGUCGUCAAGAUCACGAGGUCGCAGACAGCAGCCUAG